AUGGCCAUGCCGGGCGACGUGAUCGAGCGCAUCUUGAGCUUCCUCGACAGCAAGUCGGUCACCCGCGCGUCAUGCGUCGCGCGCGCGUGGCACGACGCAAGCCGCGCGCCGUGGCUCUGGGCGCGGCUCUGCGAGCACCACUUUCGCAGCCCGUUCCUGCGCACGCGCGCCGACUACAUCCGGCAAUGGACCAUCACACGCGAUACACUGCGCCUCCACAUGGCCAUGUACAGCGUCUUCUUUGACCAAAUGUACCUUUUGCUGGGCUGCGCCAGCGCGACCGGAUGGCUCUUUGGCGCGCAGCCCGUGCUCUUCGCACUGCGCCUCGACGGCCUCGACGACUCCAUCGCCAUGGCCUCGGCGCGGCCGUUUGUACUCUUGCCGGCGCUCUACCUGCCCAUAAAGGCUAGCGUGCUCCGCCUGCUCUACACGCGCCUCCGACCGCUCGAGCGCUAUGUGCUCUCGUACGCGGCCGAGAUGCGCCACGUCAUGCUCACACGCGACUCAUGUCGGCUCUUUGUCUACUUGGCCGGCGGCUGCGGCGGCCUCCAGUUGCUACCCCCGCUUGUGCAACUUCUCGCAGCCCUCCCGCUGUCGGUGCAACGCUCGCCGUUCACGCCGCGUGGCCCCGAGCCGCACCGCUCGACGACACUGCGCUGCCUCGUGUGUCUGCUGCUGAGCGCGCUCUCGCACGCAGUCGCGCCAACGACGUCUCUGGCGCUAGUGCCUCUCAGCGUCGGCCUUAUGCUGUACGGCCGCGCGCUCCGGACGUUGCUUUGGCGCACGUCGCUGGUCGACGCCAUGCGCCGAAUGGUCCGUGACGGCGGGUUUCCUCCGAUCCUCACCGCGCUAUUGUGGUACCUGCGCUAUACGCAGUGGCUGCCACUGCCGUACACGCUGCUGCUGCUUGUCGAGUACGGCGUCUGGGUCGCCGAUGGCCCCCUCUUGCCGGCGCUCGAGCGGGUCUUUCGUGCUGCGAUGGCCGCGCCACCGCUGGUCCGUGGGUCGUCGCCGCGACCGUGCGAUUCGGCCGACGACGAUUACCGUGCGACCGUGGCACGUGCGUAG